UACGGAAUGUUAAGAUGUCUACCUUUAACUUUACUACAAGUACUUUAACACUCAAAGCGAUUCAAGGCUGGACGGUGGAAACUGUUGAAGCAUUUUUAAAGUUCAAACAAACAGACUUUUCUCUUAGUGAUGCUGAAAUCCAAAAGCUUGUGGAUUGUUCGGUCAAUGGUCCAGCGCUUCUUAACGGAAACAUAGAUAAUCUCAUUUCAAUUGUUGGUCUAAGAUAUGGGCCAGCUGUAAAUGUUACGGCAUUUGUGGAAAAUUUAAAUAACCAAACAUUAAUGCCUCAUCGCGGUAAGAAACGCCGUCGUAUGUUAGAAGAUAAUACUCUUGAAUAUUGUCGACAGAUUGCAACACCAUUCGAAUCUCCACCCAAUAUUUCAGAAUUAAACUCUAUGCUUCUUCAACCUUUCAAUUUGAAGAUUCCUCUUUCGCCACUUCUAUACAAGUAUUGUGAAAGAUUGUGUAAAUUUCCUAUUACUGAAUAUUUCGUUGAAAGUCCUUGGGAUACACAAUUAGAUGAAGAGGACGUUUGUCAUCCAGCAGAAUUGUCUAAUUAUUGUUAUGUAGCUUUGCAAGGAGUUGAUGUUGGUUCCCGUGAAUUUUGUGAUUGGGAUAGUUUGAUUCGUAACCCAACGAGUGUUCUUAGACAAAACUUUAAAACAAAGUCUCUGUGGAAAGCUAACCGUAAAACAAACGAUUCAUCAAUCACAUUAGCUGGUCGUAUGCCUGAUUAUUGGGAAAACCUUAAUGAUGUUCUUGUUUUUAAAGGAGAAGAGAAGCCAACAGAAGAUGGCUUAAAAGAUGCGAAAAAUGAGCUCAUAUCAAAGAUGAGAGCAUGGAACCGUUGCCUUUUCGGUGACCUUAAAUAUAUUCUUGCAUAUGCAGCGGGAGGUGCUCAUUUACAAUUUUAUGCUAUUGAUCCGUCGUUUAACUUACAUCUUAUUUCGGACACAUUGAAUGCUCUUAUCUGUAUUUUCAAUAUCCAUCGUAUUAUACGAUCUAUGGAAUCAUUAUUACCUGAAACCGUUGUACCAGCUUGGAGACUUUUUAAGAGAAAAUACGGUGACAUUUUUAUCACAGACACUGAGAUAGAGAAACGGAUUUUCCCAUUUUCAACGUAUCCCUUCAACUAUAUAACAGUAUUAACAGAUAUAUACCGAAAUACAAAGAAUAAUCGAAAUACUAUACGUGCUGUUGAAGGUCCACAGAUAGUUAACGAUUCAUAUAAAGUAAAACUUACCCCGGUAGGAGUUAGACGGAUGCCAAGAACAGAACAAGAAGUUAAAGCUGCCAUUAGCUGUUAUGUUCAUCGAGAUGUUCGAUGGGAUAAUAUUCUUCAGGUGAUAGAUAAUAGUUGGAUGUUAAUUGAUUUGGAGUGUGCUGGUAUUGAUAAUGAAAGAGUUUAUUUCGACCCGUCAGAAGUUUGGGCACCAGAAGUAAUUGAAACCAAGAUAUAUACUAAAAAGGCAGAUGUUUAUAUGGUAGGAAGAUUAUUUAGAUAUGUUUAUAUUUCAUUAUCUGAAAAAGCAUAUGAAUUUGAGAAGGCUACCACCGCAGAGCUUGAAAUUCGUUUAACAGCUCAAGAAGCUCGUCAACAUCCUUGGCUUUUAAAUAUUUGA